GACAUUUUCUUGUGACACACUGACGCGACGGUUAGGCACCAUCUCUUCCCUCUCUUUCGCCGUGCCUCGUAAACAAAGCCUUUGGUAUAUGCCGCCAGCAUCUUCUGCUGAUUCCCAGCCUCCUUCUCCUUCUCCGUCCCUUCUUUCUAUCUCUCUCUCUCCUUUUUUUUUUUGUCUUUGUUUUUUGUCAUUGCAUUUCCAGUCAGAACCUCCAUUCAAGUUCCAAGUCCAACAUCUGUUUCGCUUUCUCUGUUUCAGCAAAUUAUGGUUCACUCAACUUCUUUUAUUCACAGUACCAACCGCUUUUCUUCCUCUUUCUUUUCUAAAUCUUUUCAUAAUCAUGCUGGCUCUCUAUUCAUCAAUUCUCCCUUCUCUCUAUCUCUACCGUCCUCCUCCUCUCCUUCUGGAUUGUCUCCGUUAUCAUCGUCAUCGCCUUUGUCGUGUUGCCGCGUGGCCCGCGUCCCAACCGAGGCAGAGCAGCUAUUGCCGCCGGCUCCGGAUUCCAACUUCAAUCAUGAAAUCGCCAGGCUACAAGCUCUCCGCUCGAAACUUUCCAGCUGUAGCAAUUUGAAGGGAAAGCUUAGAGUGAUCGAUCGUGAUUCUAGAGUGAAGCUAUUUUUUCGUUCCCACCAAAACGCUGGCAUUUCUAGGGUCUUAACAUCCCUCAAUUUGAGCUCCAAUGACUUGUUCUUGCUUAAAUGUUUAGUUGCGGCCGGUCAAGAGCACGUGCUUAGUCUGGGAUUUCAGCUAGGUGAAACUGUAAAGGAGUCAACUACAAACUCGGUUAAGAGCGCACUUUAUGCUUUGGCGGAGAUGAUCGAAAACCUGGAUGUCUAUAAUGAUAAUGGCGGUGCGGGCUUUGGAAAGAUGCACCUGGCUUUGGACGAUGAAGAAAUUCGUGACUUGAAGAAGUUAUUGGAGUCUCUUGGAGAAAUUGAGCGUUUCUAUCAAUGCAUUGGGGGAAUUAUUGGAUAUCAAAUAAAGGUGCUGGAGCUUCUUGUCCAAAAAAUGUGUGAGAAGCAGAAUUUAGACUGGUCUCGGCACAUUAAUGAAACAGAAGAAUGCCAAUUUUUGGAAAUUCAUGCACCUAAAGGAAUUGACCUUUCUGAAAAUACAGAAUAUGCAUCUCAAGCAGCUAUAUGGGGCAUAGAGGGUUUGCCGUGCCUAGGAGAAAUUUAUCCUUUGGGAGGCUCUGCAGAUAGGCUUGGUUUAGUUGAUCCUGAUACCGGUGAAUGUCUUCCAGCCGCAAUGCUACCAUAUUGUGGAAGGACUUUGUUGGAAGGUCUUAUUAGAGAUCUUCAGCCAAUCUAAUUUCUCUUUAAAUUAUAAGGCUCGGAAUUCUUGUACUUCAAGUUAUAUGGGAAACAAUGUAUCACUCCUGUUGCAAUAAUGACAAGUUCAGCAAAGAACAACCAUGGGCACAUCAUGUCUCUUUGUGAAAGUCUUUCUUGGUUUGGAAGAGGUCGUUCAACUUUUCAACUUUUUCAACAGCCUCUUGUUCCUGUUGUGGGUGCGGAAGAUGGGCAGUGGCUGCUCACCAAACCGUUCAGGCCUUUGAGCAAGCCCGGUGGUCAUGGUGUCAUCUGGAAACUUGCUUAUGAUAAAGGUGUCUUCAAAUGGUUUUAUCUAUAUGGAAGAAAAGGUGCAACUGUGCGACAAGUCAGUAAUGUUGUGGCGGCCACAGAUUUAACUCUCUUGGCCUUAGCAGGGAUUGGCUUGCAGCUAGGGAAGAGACUGGGGUUUGCAUCAUGUAAGCGGAACCCAGGUGCUACAGAAGGAAUUAACGUGCUGAUGGAGAAGAAAAACCUUGAUGGGAAUUGGGAUUAUGGUGUGUCUUGCGUUGAAUACACUGAAUUUGACAAGUUUGGAAUUGCUGAUGGACCCCAUCAUCCUAGAAGCUUGCAGGCGGAUUUCCCAGCCAAUACAAACAUUUUAUAUGUGCAUUUACCUUCUGCUGAGCAAGUUGUGUCAAGUAAUAAUGAACAUAGUUUGCCUGGAAUGGUGCUCAAUACGAAAAAGAAAAUAGCAUAUGUGGACCAUUUUGGAAGACAGCACAGCGUGUCUGGUGGCAGACUAGAGUGUACAAUGCAAAAUAUAGCAGACAAUUAUUACAAUACCUAUUCGUCAAGGUGUUAUAAUGGUGUGGAAGAUGAGCUUGACACAUUUAUUGUAUAUAAUGAACGAAGAAGGGUCACAUCGUCUGCUAAAAAGAAAAGAAAAAAUGGGGACAAAUCUUUACACCAGACUCCUGAUGGCUCACUUAUAGAUAUCCUACGAAAUGCCUGUGAUCUACUUUCCCAAUGUGAUAUAAAGCUUCCUGAGAUUGAAGCUAACGAGAAGUAUGCUGAUUCAGGGCCGCCAUUUCUUAUUUUUUUGCACCCAGCUCUUGGUCCUCUUUGGGAGGUCACCAGACAAAAGUUUUAUGGUGGUUCCAUAUCUGAGGGCUCUGAGUUACAAAUAGAGGUUGCAGAGUUCUUGUGGAGGAAUGUUCAGCUUGAUGGAAGCAUGAACAUAAUGGCUGAAAAUGUUAUUGGCUCAAUGAAGGUUAAUGAGAGUGGUGAUUCCAUACUACAUUAUGGGCAGAGAUGUGGAAGGUGUAAACUACAGAAUGUCAAGGUGUUGAACAAAGGAAUUGAUUGGACGCAUGGAGGUAAUGUCUACUGGAAACAUGAUGUGCAGCGGUCUGAGGCAUUGAAGAUAAUACUGCACGGAAAUGCUGAAUUUGAAGCCACAGAUGUUAUAUUACAGGGAAAUCAUGUAUUUGAAGUUCCAGAUGGCUACAAACUAAAGAUCACUUCAGGAAGUACAGGUUUAGCUACUCAAUUAGAUCCUAUUGAACGGAGUAUGAUGGACAGCGGAAGCUGGCACUGGGAUUACAAGUUAGUAGGCACCCAUAUCCAGCUGGCAUUGGUAGAAUCAUAGACUGCUGAAGGGACAAGAAUUAAGAUACCACGUUUCGUGAAUCAUGCAUGAUUGAUUCACGGCUGGUAUUGGAGCUCACCCCAAUUUGCUCAUCACAUGGAAGUGACAGGAUGAACAGAAGUUGAACCUUUCCUCACUUACAAUCGUUUAUAAUGUGAUAAUAGAGUAAUUUUAAAGCGCACCCCCAAAAAAAAAAAAUCUCUUCUUUAGUGUUACUAACAUUAUGUAACAGAUGGAGUUUGGGCAAUGAGAGGUAGAUAUAUUUAUUAGAAGUAGACUCUCAAGUAGUUAUCAUGAUAUGUUUUACUUGAGACCCUUAAAAUAUCCGCACGAACGCAUCACUUAUAUUAUCCUCCUUUCCCAUUAUUUUUGGA